AUGCUGCCUAAGUUCGACCCCAGUGAGAUCAAAGUCAUAUACCUGAGGUGCACUGGUGGAGAAGUCGGUGUCAUAUCUGCCUUGGCCCCAAAGAUCGGUCCCCUGGGUCUGUCUCCAAAAAAAGUUGGUGAUGAUAUUGCCAAAGCGACUGGCGAUUGGAAGGGUCUGAGGAUUACAGUGAAACUGACCAUUCAGAACAGACAGGCCCAGAUUGAGGUGGUACCUUCUGCUUCUGCCUUGAUCAACAAAGCCCUCAAGGAACCCCCAAGAGACAGAAAGAAGCAGAAAAACAUUAAGCACAGUGGAAACAUCACUUUUGAUGAGAUUGUCAACAUUGCCCGACAGAUGCGGCACUGGUCUCUAGCUAGAGAGCUCUCUGGAACCAUUAAGGAGAUCCUGGGGACUGCCUGCCCAGUCUGUGGGCUGCAAUGUUGAUGGCCGCCACCCUCAUGACAUCAUAGAGAACAUCAACA